CCAUGUCGGCCGGCGGAAAACAGGACCGGAUUGCUCUGCUGCUGGAGCAGGCCAACGCUGCGGCACUGGCUGACAGCUUGGUGAAAGCUUCCGAACUGCUCAAAGAGGCAUCGCAUCUGGAUCCGGAAAAUGCCAAGGUCAAAGAGGCAUGGUUGGCACUUCAGAAACAGGAGCAGACUGGAGAUCUAGUCAAGCUGAUCCGUGGCUACCUCGAUCGCGGAGAUGAGCAGGACGGACACAAAGCUCUGCUCGUAAUCAGACAGAAACGUCUGUCUCCGUCUGAGGCCGAAGAGGCUAUACGGAUCUUGCUGGAUUACACUGGAGAAGCCAAGCUGCUCGACACAUUGACUGGAACACUGCUUUACACCAGCGUUGACGCCAGGAAAGUCUUGGUUGCACGGUUCAAGGAGCCCAUAUCGGAGAUAUUCGAUCAUCUAUUCGACCGAGGAGAGGAAAGCUUCAAAGCUCUUGCAACACUUCCCUUCGACGAGGCAGUAUGGAAGUCGAAAGACGACCAGAAAGCGGCACAGCGAGAUCUGUUCCGGCUUGGUAUAGCCAAGUUGAUCGACGCCGGUAUUGACCAUCUUGAACGACCGAUGCAGAUGAUCGCCCGACAGCUUUCCGUCGCUCCGGACAACGUCAGCGACCUGAUCGACGACGAUGUCUUCGAAGUCGUGCUUAUGAGUCUCGACAUUCGUUUGGAGGCAAGUCUUAGACGUCAGGCCAUGCUGGCUACGGCAAAGGCUCUCGAGACCUUGAAGGAGAAAGGCGAUGCCCUCUUCGGACAUUUCCUUGCUAGCAAGGUCGCAAAGCAGACCAACGAUGAUCUGAUUGUCGCAUUCUCCGCAGCUUCUGCAGUAUUUCCGAUGGUACCAACUGUAGCGGCCAACUUAUUCAUGACGGAUGGAUUCGUGCAACAACUUGUGCCAAAUCUGGAGCGGAACUCUGAGGCUGCUAGUCACGGCCAGAGAAAGAGCCGAACGCUCGAGCAAGCAGCACUGGAAUUACUCAGCGCAGCUUGCGUUGACAAAUCCUGCAGAGAAGCCAUCGACCGAUAUUGCUCGCCCUGGCUACAGGGUCUGUCGGACGAGCGAGAGGGAACACACAAAGCACUCGCUGCUUUGAUCCUCGCCAAGAUCAACUCAAGCUCACAGGAAGAGAUCACCGCCAAGCUGGCAGAUCUCGUGCUGGUCGGAGAUGGCGAGCGUGAUCAAGCAGUGGAAGGCCUCGCAUACACCUCACUCCAACCUAAGAUCAAAGAAGAGAUUGCCGCGAACCCAAAGCUACUGAAAAGCUUAGUGGAUGCAUUGACUGAACGAAAGAGCGCCACAUUCGGCUGUCUGACCGUCUUCUCCAACCUGACCACCUACCGUACAGUCCAAACAGCAGAACAAAAGAAGAUGGCCCAGCUCAAAGCCUACGCCAACUCCUCCAAACCCGCACCCGAAGACCCACUCGACAACGACACCUUCGUAACAUCCCGCGCCCGCAGACUCCUCGACGCCAACGUCGUGCCCGCCCUCGUGUCUUGCAGCACGCAAACCACAUCCCCAGCCAACAUCGCCAUUGUCGUGCAAAUCCUAUUAUCCCUCUCCAAAGACCAGAAACACCGCCCGCAAAUGGCCCAACAAGGUGCCAUCAAACUCCUCCUCCAGAUCCGCGACCGCCUCGUCAAAACCGACAAGUCCACACCCGAAGCCUCUUCCAUCGAACGCAGCGCCUCUCACGCCUUGGCUCGACUUCUCAUCUCCGUCAACCCCUCCCACGUCUUCUCCGCGACGCUCUCCGCUUCCUCCGCCGUCAGCACACUCAUCCCUCUCCUCACCAUCGACCAGGACGCCGAACAGCGCGACCUCCUCCCCACAUUCGAAGCCCUCCUCGCUCUUACGAAUCUCGCAUCUAUGCGAGACAACGCGAUUCGAGACCUUCAAAUCCGCACCGCCUGGACUCAACUCGAAGAACUACUAUUCUCUUCCAACACGCUCGUCCAACGCGCCAGCGUCGAGUUGGUGUGCAAUCUCAUGGCCUCGCCCUCCGGCGUAGCCAAAUUCGCCGACGGCUCCAACGACGCAAAGCGAAGAGUGCAGAUCCUCCUCGCGCUUGCGGAUGUCGAAGAUCUGGCGACACGACGUGCAGCAGGAGGUGCGCUGGCCAUGUUGACGGAGUGGGACGCCGCGGUGACGGCCGUGCUGGACAAGGAAGGGAGUAUGGGGAUCGUGUUGGGCUUGUGCGAGGAGGAGAGCGAGGAACUGCGACAUCGAGGUUUCGCGUGUUUGGUGAAUGUGGUGAAUGCGCCGGGAGAGGUUGGAGUGAGAGGGGUGAACGCUGUGAAGGACGCUGAGGGAGAGGAAGUGGUCAAGGAUGCGUUGAGGUCGACGAAGAACCCGGAUGUGUUGGCGUUGGGGGUUGAAGUGUUGAAGAAGCUGAUGGGAUGA